GCGUUCCGAACCGCUCCUCAGGUUAGUGUUUCAAGAAACGCAUACCGAAAACCUGCUUCGAGAAAACAGUUUUCCUGAGAUAUUUUCCAUAGCACGAGGAUUGAUUUAAAAAAAAAUCAAUAAGUGAAUUUUCUAAUUUGUUUGCAUGGCUAUUGCAAUUUUACAUGAUGUUGACUGAAAGUGCUUUGAUUAAUUUUAACAGCGCGAUGUCUGGAUCAAGCAACAUGAACAAACUUUGUCGUCAAGUAUCAAUCGAGUCUCCCGGUCCCAUUAUCAAAGACUGCGUCUUCAGCUUUGAGGUGCCCGUUCCGGAUGUACCUGCGCAAGGUGCUCGCAUUCGGGUUGUCUGUGCUGGCGCUUGCUAUCGCAUGCGCACACGUAGCCCCUCUACAUCCAGCAUUUCAUCAGUGGAAGAUGCCGGCUACUCCCCUGCGCAUCAUGGCCUUAGAGAUGGUGCUCUUUUCCCUGGGUAUGAGGUUGCUGGCGUUGUAGACGCCCUUGGGGCUGAAGCUUCUGCAUCAGAUGAAAUCAAAGUAGGGACUCGCGUAGUCAUUUAUCCGUACGACGGCAUUCCUCAUGGUUAUGCAGAAUACAUUGUAGUGCCUACCAUAGACUAUUUGGUGCCUGUUCCAGACCAAUUACCUCUUGGUGUUGCCGCCAUGCUGCCCACCGGAGCUCUUUUGGCCAAGAAUGCUGUGGUUACCGCGCACAAGCAUGUCCUAAAGCUGUUUGAGGACCGCUCAGCUGAUCAUAUUGUUCGCAUCUUGAUUGUUGGUACCGGAGGACUUGCUUUAUGGGCUCUACGUAUUGCUGAACACCAUUUCAAGGCUCCUGAGUAUAUCAACCGAGUCAAGAUCACCGUUGCUACUUUAAAAGAUGAAGGCUUAAUGAGGACUGCUGCAGAACUGAAAAGAGUAAACAUUGUUCAGUGGAAUGAGGAUUUGUAUGAAAAACAGCUGAUCGAGAGAACCAAGAACGCUUGCAAUGGUUUAGUAGAUAUCGUCAUCGAUUUUGGUACUACCUCAAGGUCUCUACAUAGAUCUCUACAAUGUUUGAGUUGUGGUGGUGUGGUGUUAGUAAGUGAAGAAGUAGCGGAACGUCUGUUGCCAAAGUUCUCCAGAUUGAUUCAGCAAUCGAAUCAAAAAAUUGAGCCAGUUGCUAAUGGUAGCAUUGAACAACUCAAGGAGUUGGUCAAAUACGUCGCAAACGGGGACAUCGUCCCACCUCCUCACACAGAAUUUUCGGCCGAAGAGGCCUCUAAAGUGGUAGAAAAGCUCUGCCAUUCUGAGAUACCUGGCCGAGCUAUAUUACGUUUUCACGAUAUCCAGUAAAUUAGUAUUUCUAAGUAGUAUUAAUUUAUAUUUUAUGUGAAAUAUGUAUCAUAUUUCUUUUUAUUUCCACUUUUUCCUAUUUAUGAUCUUUUUUUUACCAAAUAUUUAAAAGUUCUUGUGAUCGUAUUAUAAUUUAAAGUAUUAGUUAUUUGUUCCGCAUUUAUUCGGGACUGUGCUUCUUACCAAAAUCUACUUCCUCUAAUUUUUUAUAUGUAAAAUUUAUAGCACAAUAAUACUAAAUGCUUAGGUAUUUUAAGACAAAAUAUAGUAAAUUUUGGUAAGGCGUCCCCAUGGCAUUGUGAUAAGCUUUAUUUAAGUUUUACGCCGAAAAGACUUGUGAUCCCUUGCCUAACUGUUUACCUACCUAAUUACUUAUAGGUAUUUAAAGAUCUGAUUACUUAGGUAACUAGCUAGAAGCAAGCCCUUACAAGCUUUGGUCAUUUUAAUCGAUUUGCAAAAAUAUUUCCUAGAGGGCAACAUUGGGUCUAUUUUUGCAGCUUUUCUUUAUGCGGCAUAUAUAUAUAGAAAUAGAAAAAAAUGUUUUUUUUUUUAAAAUUAAUUUCCUAGCAUUAGGUUCGUUCUUAUCUUGUUUCUAUUUUUUUUGUAUGUACAUAAAAAUCCCAAUAAAUAAUACAUAAUGUUGAA